UUUAAAAUUAACACUGCAACGUCCGAAUAAACUCCAGACAUCAACCAAGUCCUGAACAUCGCUAUGUGUUGGACGUUAUGUGGCCUCAUCGAUGACCGAGAAGAUUGAUAACCCAACACAUCAUUCAACAUUUACUACUACUACUGUUGUGCCGUUUUUCUACCUAUUCGAAAGUGACUUCUAUGGAGUUCGUCAUCUUGAAUAUGUAACAGCAGUGUUCGGUAGGACAACCCCCAUCUACCGAAUGCUUAGAUGCUCCGCAGCACCCUCUUGCUGCAUCGUGAUCUCGCCGAUGCGGAGACGCUUGCCGAAGCAGGUCACCUUCUGUCAUUGCAACAAAACGCAGAAUUGUUUACAAUUCAUCAUAUUUCUGGAUUACGCAUUUCGCACCGGGUAACCUCCGUUAGGUUUGGCGGAAGGCUGCCCUCGCUGGCGUUUAUGGAAACGUGAUUUUCCAGGUGGAGAAGUGUAUGAAGAUCCCAGUGCUACUGCAGACACUUCCAGCUUCCAGUCCACUUUGUCACUUCCAGCAUAAUGUCUGGCUCCUACGAUGAAUCGGCUGGCCUGGAUGAUGCCACGGACAGCUUCUGGGAGGUGGGGAACUACAAACGUUGCGUGAAGAGAAUCGAUGAUGGCCACCGUCUGUGCAAUGACCUCAUGAACUGCCUCCACGAACGGGCCAAAAUUGAGAAGGCCUACAGCCAGCAGCUGACUGACUGGUCCAAGAGAUGGAGACAGCUGAUUGAGAAAGGGCCCCAGUAUGGCUCAGUGGAGCGGGCCUGGCUAGCUGUGAUGACCGAGGCAGACAAGGUGAGUGAGCUGCACCAGGAGGUCAAGAAUGGUUUGCUCAAUGAGGACCUGGAGAAGGUGAAGAACUGGCAGAAGGACUCCUACCACAAGCAGAUGAUGGGCGGCUUCAAGGAGUCAAAGGAAGCAGACGAGGGCUUCAAGAAGGCCCAGAAGCCCUGGGCUAAGAAGCUCAAAGAGAUGGAGACGGCCAAGAAGACGUACCACAUGGCCUGCAAGGAGGAGAAGCUGGCAGCCACCCGGGAGGCCAACGGCAAGGCGGAUGCUUCCGUCACCUCCGACCAGCAAAAAAAGCUCCAUGAGAAGGUGGACAAGUGCAAACAGGAUGUGCAAAAGGCCAAGGAGAAGUACGAGAAGUCUCUGGAGGAGCUGGGAAAGUGCACGCCCCAGUACAUGGAGAACAUGGAGCAGGUAUUCGACCUGUGCCAGCAGCUGGAGGUGAAGAGGCUGACCUUCCUGAAGGAGGUCCUCCUGGACAUCAAGCGCCACCUCAACCUCACAGAGAACCAAAACUAUGCCGCGGUGUACCGGGAGCUGGAGCGCACCAUCCUGGCGGCAAACACACAGGAGGACCUGAAGUGGUUCAGCAACACUCACGGCCCCGGCAUGCCCAUGAACUGGCCACAGUUUGAGGAGUACAACCCAGACCUCACCCACACGAUCACCAAGAAGGAGAAGGUAAAGAAGCCCAACGAGGGGGUCACGCUGACCAACGUCACCGCAGGAGGAGACAACCUGGCACAGGCUGGUGAUCGGGGGAGUGUGAGCAGCUACGAGAAGAGCCAGACGUUCCAGACGGAGUGGUCCGAUGACGAGCAGCCCGCCUCCAACUCAGGCAAUGAAACUAACGGGGGCGCCAACCCCUUUGAGGAGGAGUCGGUCAGCGGGAAGGGCGCGCGCGUGCGGGCUCUCUACGACUACGACGGGCAGGAGCAGGACGAGCUGAGCUUCAAAGCCGGGGACGAGCUUACCAAGCUGGAGGAUGAGGAUGACCAAGGCUGGUGUAAAGGUCGCCUGGACAGCGGGCAGUCGGGCUUGUACCCAGCCAAUUACGUGGAGUCCAUCUAGUCACCAUAGUGGAGGAGGACACCCUAUUAGAGGCAGCUCAGACUGUACUGUCCAUCGCCAUACUGCACAUAGCCAGAGACUCCCUUUCCAGAUGCACCAAGCGGUCUUCAGUUAAAAGACAGUAUAUUCAGUAAAUGUUAAUCCAUUUUGGGACAUGGGGGGAUUCAAACAAAAAUUAAAAUGAACAUACAGUAUUUAUUGCAGAAUAUAUAUGACUGAACCACCAUUCAAGCAAGUGCAGGGAAACAUUUUGCAUUUUUGUGUAGCUGUGUUCAAUAUAAAUUUUGUGCAGCUGAUAUGACAUUUGUGUAGCAGUCUGUUCUCCUAUAACAAUGAGUAUUAUGUAGUUGAUGACACCUGUGUAGCCAGAAUGAGCUAUGCAACGUGAAUUGUGUAAAAUUGAUGGCAUUUUGUGUAGCGGUCCUAAUGCUAUGCGUGUACAGUCUUCAUUCUUGCAUUGGUAAUCCUGUGUAGCGUGACCAAAAAAAAAAGGCGCUAUACAAUGCAUUUUUUUUCUUUCUUUCACUGUGGUUCUGGUUACAUUCCUGUUAUCGGUGAGUGCUAUACAGCGUGUUGUUUCUCUCUGUGUUUGAUUCUGCAAGCAGCAUGUGCUAUGCAACACACAUUAAGUGCAUCUAGGUGGCAUCUUAUCAAGCCGUACUCACAGGAUUGCGACACUUAACCAUGUGACCUUUGGGGGGGGGGGAGGGGGCAAUAGGACAGGGCGAAGGACCUAUUCAGUAGUGGCACGGUGGUCAUGUAGUGCUUUAUGCCUUUGACCACCCAAGUGACAUUGUCCAGAGAUAUAAAAUAGUUUGCUAAGGCACAGGCGACAGAGCUCUUGACGUUUUUCACCUCCUCUGUCUUUCUUUCUCAGAAAGCUCAGGUUUUCUUUCUUUAUCUGUAGAAAUGAUUUCCAGGAGACAGUUGUACAGCUGGAUAUGUUUGAAUUUCAAUGCACAGGUUUGGAUUUGGGUUUGGGUGGAGGGGGUGUAAUAUAAUUUUUUUGGGCUUAGCAGACAGCCACUCAUAGGCUGGAUGCUCAGAAUGCAGUACUCAGAUCAUGGACAAAGGGAGACAUGCGCUAUCAUCUUUUAUUUUGUCCAGAGCUUUGUGUUUACCAUCAGUUCUGCCUGUAGUUUCUUAAAAAAUUACGAAAAGAAAAUUUUUAAAAUUGACACUGCUGGGAAGUCGGUCCUAAACUGCGGGUCCGUGCCUCAAAAUGGGUUGAAACCACGCCACUAGGACUGGACAGUGCUGCCGCUGUUGCUAUCCUGAUGCACUCUGAUGUGUUCACCCUGUUUGCCCUCCUUUUAUUCCUUGCUCGUCUGUUGUUUGUGGCAUGUUUGUGCUUCAGGCGGCAGCAUCCAGAGAAAGCUGCAAAGGGGGAAUGCCGCCAGACUGAGACGCCCCUCGCAACACAUCCAGCUGCAGUCUCACAGAGCAGUCUCCUUAACACUGUCUUCCACUCUCUCACCAUCUAGCUCUGAACGAAUGCAGGAUCCACAUGCUGUUUUAUUUGAUGUGGUGAACAAGAUGUGGGGAAGGAGGGAGUUGAGGGGUCUGGUGUUGGGCGUUUGGGGGGUCAGGAGUAGCGUGUAGUGUGGGGGCGAGUUUGCUUUUUGACACGAGCCAAAGAAAGACAGAAAAACUCCUAGCUGUUCCUGAAACAGUGACCUCAUGAUUCCACGUCUCUCCAAACACAUAAAGAUAAUUUCAUUUCUCAGACUUUCUCCCAGACACUUUCUCUUUCUUUUUUUCUUUUCCACCUUGAGCAAGCCCAGCUGUAUGCACUAAGCAAGAUGGCAGCCUGCUGGGUGUGUGGGGGUGGGGACGUGGGACGAUGGGAUAUGAUGGGAUGUCAUUGCGGACUCGGGGGGGGGCACCGGCGGUCACGGACGCAAUGCAUUUCUUAAUGUAUUAUUUUGUCCCCCUGUGUUUUGACCCCUCCAGACAGUUGGCUGCCCUCCAGGCAGGUGGUCCCAUAGGAAGCUAUUUUUGUUGUAUCAGUACUUGGAUACUCUUAACUCCACUCUGUUAUAUUACAAAGCUCAUUGCGUUUUAAAAAUUAUCCAGUUACAGGGCUGGACAUUUACUACCUUGCUCAAGGGUGUUUCUGCUGAAUCUCACCCUUGGAUAUUCAAAGUCCAAAUUCUGCUGUUUACCUUGUCAUUGCUUGGUGCGAAGCCUCUGUUAAAACCUAUCACUCUUAUUCCUGCCUUUCAUAUAUGUCCAGCCUGUUACUGCAAAUUCAGGUUUUGUAUAUUGUGCACUAAUCAUGUGAAAUCCAAGACUUGAUUUUUCUUUUUUUCUAAAUAUCACAGCUGUUAAAAGGGUAAAUUGGCUUCCAAUCACGUUGUAUGAAGGUGUUGACAGCAACUUUGCAGUAUUUCACUGCAUAUAAUAGACUAAUAAGGAGACUACUGUAUCUUCUCUCCAAACUGAGCUUUUCCUCUUUCACUACAUAGCUUACAUAUAAAACCAAGAUGUUCAGUCUUGGUGCUUCAAUGACUAAUUCAAAUAUACAUGGAAAAAAUAAACUUAAGCAUUAGGUUAAGCUCUGCACUUCGCCAGUAUGUCUGUAGGGAAUAGUAUACUGCAGGGAAGUAUAUGCCAUAUAAAACAAACAUCAGAUGGAUUCCCUGAACGGACUGCUCUCUAAAUCAACUGCAAGGGUAAAACCUUCAGUGGGGCUGCUGUACCUAAGUUACAGAAUGUGAGCGAUUCCACGCACCCCAAGCGAUUGGUGCAAUAUGGCUACAAAUUUGAAGGAGAUGGCUGUGUGCUGCAUUAUUAACCAUUGGAAAUAAUAUACUGUAUAUCUCAAUAUAUGUCUCAGCAUACUGUGGACGUAACCACAUUACCAACUCUCUCUCUACGAGUUACAAGCUCUCUAUCCAGCCAAAUAAUAUGACUGAAAACCCCCCAUCCCCACCCCCCUCCCCAGCACAUACUGUAUUUACAACAAACAAAGCUGCCCCUGGGACAGACCUUCGGGGAAAUGAAAAAAAUCUUUAUUGUGCUCAGUCUAUAUGAAUUCUGUGUAUUUAGCAAAACAAAAGGCAAAAAGUUGCAAGUGAUUUAUCAAUAAAGACAAAAUGUAGUGUCUUACUUGAGCAUACCUGGCAAAAAAGAGAAAAGCAGUGGUAAACUAGUAGGUUCCAUUCUAUAUUUAUUUAAAUUGCGAUGGAAGUGUAAACCUAUCAGCGCGUGCUGUUGUCUCACGCUGUUUGAUUUGUAUAUGAUGAUGUAUUUUAAAGAAUAUAUAUAUUCUAUAUAUAUUGUAAGUGUACAAUUAUGUGGAGCUAAAAUGAAAUGCAACUACAACAAGCAGUAAAAAAAGGUGUAUAUGUAAA